GAGGGGCAGACCUUCUUCCUUCUGUCUGGGGCCCCGGUCGAUUCUUUCAGCAGGCUCGGGAGCUCCCUGACCCGCGGUCCCAGGGUGGCGUACUCGGCACCAAGCUCCGGGACCCCAUAGUUACUCGACGUCCAACCUGUACGUGCCCUCAAUUAACAUGGUGGGCGUAGCCUCCGUGGACCUCAUUUGCUCCAAUCAGGAGGCGUGGCUGUGGAGGCACGGCAGUGGCAUCAUCAGUCGGCGCGCUCCCGGCUCCGAGUAACUUCGUCCGGGGAACCCACAAAAGUGAAUAAUGAGGAGCUGGAAAGAGAUGGAGGGGACUUCUUAGCACUGGCCUAAGCAAAGGAGCUUGGCUUCUACCAUGCCACCCGGCAGAGGAAGAAAACAGUGAAGAGUGUGAGUGGACACCAGGUUGUACUUGUAAUUCAUCUUUUGCCUUUGCACAGCUAGAAAGCAUUGUGAAAUCUAUGAAGGAUACCUGGGUACAGGGCAUGGGCAUCAGAGAAUUCUAUUCCGGGGUGAGUCCAUCUACCAUAACCCUUCCAACAGCAACCCCACCGACAACCCUAUCCCAAUUCACCCUUGUGGACUAUGGAGUCUGUGUACUGUUAUUGGUGUUAUCACUUGCAAUUGGACUGUUCUAUGCACGUCGAGGCAGGGGCCAGAACACAGUCCGCCAGUUCCUGUUGGCCAACCGUAGCAUGGGCUCCCUACCUGUGGCACUUUCUCUGCUCGCAACCUUUCAGUCAGCUGUGGCCGUCCUAGGAGUCCCUGGAGAGAUCUUCCGUUCUGGCACUGAGUAUUGGUUCCUAGGCUGUUCCUACUUACUAGGUCUGAUGGUGCCUGCCCAUAUUUUCCUACCUAUCUUCUACCGACUGAAUCUCUCCAGUGCUUAUGAGUACCUGGAGCUUCGAUUCAGUAAGGUUGUGCGACUCUGUGGAACCCUAACCUUCAUCUUUCAGAUGGUGAUCUACAUGGGUGUUGUUCUAUAUGCCCCAGCCUUGGCACUCAAUGCAGUGACUGGCUUUGAUCUGUGGGGCUCAGUGCUGGCUCUGGGUAUCGUCUGUACUAUCUAUACUAGUCUGGGUGGGCUGAAGGCAGUCAUUUGGACAGAUGUGUUCCAGACAUUGAUCAUGUUCCUAGGGCAACUAGCUGUUGUCAUCGUGGGGGCUGCCAAGGUGGGCGGCUUGGGGCGUGUUUGGGAUGUGGCUUCACAGCAUGGCCGUAUCUCUGGAAUUGACCUGAAUCCAGACCCGUUUGUGCGGCAUACCUUCUGGACUCUGACUUUUGGAGGAUUCUUUAUGAUGCUCUCCUUAUAUGGAGUGAACCAGGCCCAGGUCCAGCGCUACCUCAGCUCCCGCACUGAAAAGGCUGCCAUUCUUUCCUGCUAUGCUGUAUUCCCCUGCCAGCAAGUGUCACUCUGUAUUGGCUGCCUCAUUGGUCUCGUCAUGUUUGUCUAUUACCUCGACCACCCCCUAGCACCAGAGCGAGCUCACGUCUCCUCUGACCAGAUGGUCCUAUACUUCGUGAUGGACAUCCUAGGGGGGCUACCUGGCUUACCUGGGCUCUUUGUUGCCUGUCUCUUCAGUGGUUCUCUCAGCACUAUCUCCUCAGCUUUUAAUUCACUCGCGACGGUCACCAUAGAAGAUCUGAUCCGGCCCCACUUCCCUGAAAUCCCAGAGAAGCGUGCCACCAUGAUUUCCAAGGUCCUUGCUGUACUCUAUGGCCUAGUGUGUCUGGGAAUGGCCUACAUCUCCUCCUUAAUGGGGCCUGUGCUGCAGGCAGCAAUUAGCAUCUUUGGGAUGGUUGGGGGACCUCUGCUUGGAUUAUUCUGCCUUGGCAUUUUCUUCCCUUGUGCCAACUCAACGGGUGCAGUGGUGGGUCUGCCAGCUGGACUCAUCAUGGCCUUCUGGAUUGGCAUCGGGAGUAUGAUGAGCAGCAUGACCUCAAAGACAGUGCUCCCUCCAACCAACAGCACUGGCUUCCCCUCAUAUAGAAACACUACAGUUGUCACGAUGACCACACUGAUGCCCUCAGCAGUGUCCAAGCCCACAGGACUACAGCGGUUUUAUAGUCUGUCCUAUUUAUGGUACAGUGCACAUAGUUCCACCACAGUCAUCAUUGUGGGGCUGCUUGUCAGUCUCCUCACUGGUGGAACAAAGGGCCAGCCUCCAAACCCUCGGACAAUUUACCCAGUGUUACCACGGUUAUUUGCCCUCCUGCCCACCUCCUGUCGGGAUCGUCUACCCUGCCAAGGCUAUAGCCAAGAUCUCUCCUAUAAGACAGAUAAGAUACCAGAGAAGAUGAGCAAUGGAAUGCUGGCUGGCUGUGGGGAAGAAGUGGCAGUACCUGAGCAAGGCCACAUCCAAGAGGACCAUGGUCAUGCCUUCAUACUACAGGAGACAUCACUGUGACCCGGGAGCAGAACAGAAUUCUUUGGCUCUCAUUCUCCCUCUUCCCAGGAGGCAAACGCAUCAACCCUCUCUCCCAGUAGACCAAGAGCAAGCCUGUGUCUGUUCCAGUGGGGUGGGUGGGGAGGGGAUAUUUGAUCCUGGUGACCCAGUAUGUACCAAAGGCCCAUCUUACCAUGACACACCCUACACAAUAGCUGGAGCUAUGAUUUCCUGUCAUUCACCAUCUUGUUAUUUCUGAUUAUUGUUGGGCUUUUUCUCAUGCACUUAAGAAGAAAGAAGCCUAUAAACAGAAGAGGAGCCAAUAUAUCUUCCCCAGAGAAGGAAGGCCUUCUUCAGAGAGAUUCAAAGGGAUCUCAUGGAAGACUAAUUGAACUUAAAACCCUCCAUUUCCCCCCCAACCCCAAUUCCAUGCACCAAUCCAGGACCUUGGUGUCAGGUUGCUAAUGGCCUAGCCCCAACCUAAGUACAGUGCCCACAAGACACUGGGUUCUCCAGACAGAGGUUGAGAAGAAACCACGGUCCCCAGAAGCUCCCACUGGUGGAAAACUUGGCUAUUUUGCUCCUGUUGUGAAUCAGAACUAAAGGGUUUAUUAGACCCUUUUAAACUAGUAGAGGAAGCUUCUAGCACACUCUACAGGAGCAUGUAGGGCUAGGACAGGCUCUGACCAAAAGCAGAAGCAAAGAGCACUGACUAAGCUGGCUUCUUCCUGCCCACUGACUGAUCUUGGUCUCGUGCCAUUUGUCCUGAUUGAGCUACUGCACUGGGCCCAUUCUGCCUCUUGUUGAGGCUUUGUCACAUACCCGUUUGCCCUGCGGAAUACAGUUCUUUUACCUGGA